UUAUCUAUGGAUGUCUCCUCCACCCGUCUGUCCCCUGCCUGUCUCUCCCCUGUCUCCGCCAUUUUCAAGAAAUAGCUUAUCUUCAAGAAUCUUCCCAGGAAUCGUUUUCGCGAGGCAUGCUUCUUUCGUCUCUCUAGCUACAGCCCCAAAUCCUGGCGUAUCCAACCACGCACCCUCCAUGACGCUCUCUCCGACUGACGCCGACGGCCCGCUGCGAUCCCCGCCGCAAUCCACGGCGGGCUGCUCCUUCAUGUGCUGCAGGCGCCACGCAUUCGUGUUCUCCACCUCCAUCGGCACCACCAACUUCAGCGUCUGCGUCGCCUGCGCCUUCUCGCGCUGGCUCAAGCACACCGUUUUCGCGCUUCCGUCGUUCCUUCUCGUUCUGACCGCGGUCUGGGCGAUUAACGAGCUCCUGCUUCCUGCCACCUGGCGCUUAGACCUCUCUGCGCCUUGCGUUCUCACGCCGCGGAAUCUCCUCCUGGUGCUGCUGACGUGUCCCGUGAUCUGGCAAGAAUGGGUCGUUCCACGCGUGGACACGUGGCGCGAGCGGCGUGAGGACCGGCGCAGGGAGCAGCGGCACAGGGAGGAGAUUAUGGUCGCUCGGUUGCGAAAAGAGGCGACGCGUCGCUGUCGCAACUGCAUGAUCGCGUAUCGCGACCAAUCACCAUCGUCGGGGAGGUUCACCUGCGCCGCGUGCGGGCACGUGUCGCGCCGCCCUGUGCUCGAUUUGGUCACUACAAGCCCUCCCGGUAGUGUACGAAAUCAACAACCUGACGCUGCGACCACUAGUCAUCAUCGACAGCAGCAGCAGCAGAAACAUCAGCAUCAUUUUUUUCCUUCACCAACGGGUGAAGAGAAUAGCAAUAGGAGGAGCAGCAGCAGCAGCAGCAGCAGUGACUGGGGCAAUGUAGGGUCUAGCGCACACGAGACCAGCAGUAUCCAGGCGACCCUUGGGAAUGCCGCCGAUCGCUCAACCCAAAGCCUGCGCUGGUUACACAAUCUCGUUUCCCCCUGCAUUGUGGUGGUUUCGCUAGCAAUGGCGCUUCCUUUCUCCGUUGCGCAAUGGUUCCGCCAACGGCUGGUAGGCCCGCGCACGGCGGGAGCGAGUCUGCGCGGACAUUCCUCCUCCGCAAGCCCGGAGCCGUGCGCGGACAGGGCAGCCCGGGCUCGGCGCAAGAUGGGGCCGCGGAAGCCGGCUCGGGCGGAGCGGGAAGCGGCGGAGGCGGAGGAGCGGAAGCAGCGGGAGGAGAUCGCGCAAAUGGUGGAGGCGCAGCGGAAAGCGCGGGAGCAGGCGGAGGAGGGGAAUGGGUGGGAAGUGGCGGGAAGAAGGGUCUCGAGAGACGGGAAAGGGGGAGUUGGACAGAGCAUGACAAAUAAAGAAAACUGCCCGUAUGAAAAAAGUCGGCCGCAGGGCAGGAGUGAUACUCUGCUUACCGGGCAGACGAACGGGCAGGCUAGCGGGCAGGUAGAAAGGCUAGGGAAGCACGCGCGGAUGGUGAAGGAAAAUUCGGGGGGCGCACUUUCCGUUGGCGCGAAGCAUUCGAGUUUAGCGGGCGCAGCAGACCAUGAGGUUUCGGGGAAAGGGGGCGGAAUAAGCGUUCCGCGCAAGGCGGAACCUGGCCUUUCGCGCAAUGCGCAAGAUGCCCCUCCGCGCAAGGCGGAACGAGGCAUGACAAACGGAGUGCUGGCGGCUUGCAAGAAUAAAAGCACAAGCAGCGCCUGGAAUAAGGGGUCCCUCGUGGGGCCAUCCGUGCCACGUGUUGCAACUGCAUUGGUGCACGAAGGGUUCUCUGUCACGUGUACCGGUGGCCCGCCACCACCCCCUCUCGCGCCAGCACCGCCCCCUCCCCCUCCCCGUGCGCCAACGCCUCCCCCUCCCCCUCCCUGUGCGCCAGCACCGCCGCCUCCUCCUCCGAUUGCGCAUCCGCCCACCGCCCGAGACAGUCGCACAUUCUCCCAGGUCGCAAAGAGCAGCAGCGAGCGGGGGGGGAGCAGCAGCAGCAGCAGCGAUGGCGGCAGCAGCAGCGGCAGCAGCAGCAGCAGCAGCAGCAGCAGCAGCAGCAGCAGCAGCAGCAGCAGCAGCAGCAGCAGCGGUGGUAGUGGUGUGGGUGGUUCGGAGGUUACUGGACCGGCUUGCCUCUGGAGCUACCCCUCCAUCUCACCCUUUGUGCCCUCCCCUUCCCCUACUGCUCAUGCUCACUCUGCUGCCCGUGAUUCUUCACCCUCCGCCUCAUUCCCCUGCUCCUCCUACCACACACCUCUCAAACAGCCGCCGCAGCCGCAGCCGCACCAGCACCAGCACCAGCAGGUGCAGGGGCAGGGGCAGGGAGCGUGGAGUGAGAGGGAGUGGGAGAUGUGGGGCUCACCCCAAGUGCUGGACUCAACCCAGCGACUCGCCGACUCGUUUGCAUUAGGACCAACCGUGCUAGCCAACCCCUUCGCCCUGCCCUUCUCCUCCCCCCUCUCCAACAGCACUGCCAACGCCACUAUCACUGCGUCUGCCGCUGCUCCCCCCGUUGCUUCCCCCACUGCUCCCCUCGCUGCUCCCCCCGUUGCUUCCCCCACUGCUCCCCUCGCUGCUCCCCCCGUUGCUUCCCCCACUGCUCCCCUCGCUGCUCCCCCCGCUGCUGCAGUCAGUGCAGUCGCUUCAUUCUCGAGCCCCACGUCGUAUCUAGCCAACCCUUUCGCCCUGCCCUUCUCCUCGCCCCUCUCCCUCGGGUUCUCCCCCAGUCUCGCGCCUGCCACACCCCUCACUGUCUCCAGCUCGCCCCUGGCUGACUCGGUUGACCCGGGUAGGGCCUGGUUUCAGCUCACUGAAGGGCGCAGGAAAGCAGAUAGUACCAGUGAGAGCAGCGGCAGGAACAGCAGCAGCAGCAGCAGCAGUGGUGCCGGCAGUAGCAGUUUAGGCAGGAAUGGUGGGGAUCCAGUGGUGGGCAGUUACAGGGCUGUUGGUAGUGGGAGGGCCAUUGGGAAGGCGACGCCAGCUGCUGCUGAUACUGCUGCGCAUCGUGACGAGAAAGGCUCUGGUUGCUGGAAUGCUGUAGGCGUGGACCUGACUGGGUUUGGUGAUGCGCUAAAGAGUGAUGCGUUUAGAUUAAGCAGCGGUGUGGGCGGCAGGGCGGGCGGCAGAGGGAUGCGGGAAGCGUGGAUGGCGGAGAUGUGGGACGAGGAUGUGCCGCCCGCUUUUGUGGAUUGCAUCACGCAGGAGAUCAUGGUUGACCCUGUUAUCACCGCCGAUGGCCAUUCUUAUGAGCGCUCGGCGAUCGAGAAAUGGCUAAUGCAUCAUGACACGAGCCCCAUGACAGGCAAGGUGCUGCCGCCCCCACAUGCUGCUGCAGCGGCUAUUGCUGGCCUAUGCGCAGCAGACUCCACUGGGCUGUAUCCGGGCCGUGCCGCCAGCGGUUGCACGGACCGAGGCAGGUGCACUGGGAGCGGUAAAGGGUGCAGCAGUGGCGGUGAAGGGGGGUGCAGCACGCAUGGGAUGGUUGACAAGACGCUGCGUCCUAACCACAUCCUGCGCGGGCAGAUCAUUGAGUUCCAGGAGGCCAUGGUUCAGCAUGCACGGGAACGCACAGCAGCGACUGCACCUGCGGGGCAAGGCAGCGGACCGCAGCGGCUGCACCUGCCGGUGCUGUUGCAGCUGCAUUCGCAACCUAGGGUUAUUGGUGCGGCACGAUACAGGGAUCGGAAGAAGCAACUGCAAUCCAGAAGCACUUGUCAUUGGAUGGAAACAUGGAAUAGUUUAGGAUGGCACUUGUACCGACAGUUGGCUUGGCUUGGCGGCAUACUCUUGAGUGCUGGCUUUGCUGGCGCCAUUCAAACAGGAUCAUUGGUGAUUGCAGAAGAUGCGAUAGCAACUGCCGUCACAGCAGCAGCAGUAGCAGCAGCAGCAGCAGCAGCAGCAGUGGUGAGGCAGAGGGCUUAUAGCAGCACCAAGCACGUUGCAGCAGUGAGCUGAAUGGUACUAGCACUUGCAUUAAAAAUCAACGUUGUAUUCCAAUUUGCAACCUUCCGUAUGUGUCCAAUCCCCUGAAAGGCAUCCUCUCCGCUUGCCACAUUUGUUCUAGUCCAGAGCAUGCAUCAUCAGUUCGUUCUAUGUUAUUGUAUGGCGUAUU